AUUAAAGUAGCAAAUAAAGCAGCGCCUAAGCUCCGGAGGAAAGGAAGGUUGCAGACUUUACCAUUGUCAAGCACGGUGAAAAGCAGUAGGGAUGUCAAGUCAACAAGAAGCACUUCUCGUGCAGUCAAACCAGCUGUCCGCAGCAAGAAUCUCAUUGUAAAGAAAUCAAACAAGGUAUUGGUGUCAACAGCUGGAAAUUCUUCUGCAUCAUAUGAUGUAAGCAGUGGUUUGGAUCACAAUUUUGGCCCAUCGAUCUGUCAGAGGUGCCAGUGUUCUUUGAAGGACACAAAAAACGAGUAUCAUAAGGACAACCCAGUAACUACCAUUGCUGAAGUGAGUACAAGUAGUAGGAAGUAUGAUGCAAUCAAUUCGGACUUCAUUCCAAAUGGCUGUGACGAUAGUAUCACUCCCUUGGCGAAAACUAACAUGACCUCAAAAUAUAAAGAGAAGGGAGAACUUUCCCAAAGCCCAAAGAGCAGUAUCUGCGAUUUUAGUAGUAGCACUACUAGUCUCAGUGAAGACAGCAAUCUCAGUGGGUUGAGUUGCAGCAAUAGACCGCAUAUGUCUAAGGAUUUAAGGUGGGAAGCGAUCAACAAUAUAAGAAAACAAUAUGGAUUCCUAGGAUUGAAGCACUUUAAUUUAUUGAAAAAGCUUGGUUCUGGGGAUAUUGGAACAGUUUAUCUGGCUGAACUGAUAGGAACGGACUGCUUAUUUGCAAUAAAGGUUAUGGAUAACGAGUUCUUGGCAAGAAGGAAGAAAAUGCCUAGAGCACAAACUGAGAGAGAAAUUCUGAGAAUACUGGAUCAUCCAUUUCUCCCGACUCUAUAUGCCCAGUUUACUUCUGAUAAUUUGUCGUGUUUAGUUAUGGAGUUCUGUCCAGGUGGAGAUCUACAUGUCCUCCGACAGAAGCAGCCUGGCAGAUUUUUUCCUGAAGCAGCAGCAAGGUAUGAAAUUUAAUCUCCGCUUGUCAUCUUGCUUAUUUGCAACAGGAAAGAUAAUGAACAACAAUAGUUAAUGAGAAUUAUAAUUUACGCUAUGAGUUUUAUCUGUUAGUUCUAUGCUCAACUGUUGAAAUUUUAAUGUGCAAUUUUAUAGAACUGGUGAUCAGUGCCUUAAAUUUCAGAAGAAACAAUUCUUUAUUUCAUUUUAGUUAAGAGUGUGGAGUGUUUGCUUUUGUAUUUACUAGAAAGUACAAUAAUGUGAUGGUGAAUGUGUGAAAAAA